GCCCCACUGGUCAUCUUCUUCUUCUCCCCACACCGUCUGCACCAUGGCCACCCUUGCCGCGCCGCCGUCCUUGCCGCGGCCGCCCUCGCCGCGCGGCGGCCCCGCCCCGGCGGGCCUCGCCGUGGCGCCCCGCCCUCGCCGUGCUGCGCAGCUCGCGGCCUUGCAAGAAGGGAGGCAGCUGCAGGCGCACAUCGUGAAGCUCGGGUUCCAGCACGACGAGCACGUGCAGAACAGCAUCAUCAGCUUCUACGGCAAGUACGGCGAGCCGGCGAUGGCUCGCCUGGCGUUCGACCGGACGGAGCCCGAGGAGCGGACGAAGGCUUCCUGGAGCGCGCUCCUGGCGGCGUACACGAGGGCCGGGCUGUGGGGCGAGUGCCUCGAGUCGUUCGGCGCGAUGGUGCGGGAGGGGUGGAGGCCCGACGAGAGCUCCAUGGUCAGCGCGCUCUCGGUGUGCGCGCACCUGGGCGCCUACGACGUCGGGCGGAGCAUCCACUGCUCGCUGCGACGCGGCCGUGUACCGGAUCCACGGCGACCUGGGCCUCGCCGAGCACGCCCUGCAGGAGCUGAGGCGCCUCGGCGCCGCCAACGCCGGCUGCCGUCGCCGUGCUGCCCUCGCCGCGCGGCGCCCUGCCCUGGCCGCCCUCGUCGCGCUGCGCCGGGGCAGACCUCGCCGCGGCCGCCCUCGCUGCGCGUCACAGCGGAGCUCGAGCGGUGGCCCGAGAUGGGCGCCCGCCGCCGGUCCCCCGCCGAGGCCGUCGCGCGGUGCCCGCACGCCUGGAUGCGCGAGGCGCUGCAGCGCUUCGCCGGCACCGUCGCCGGGGCCGAGGCCGACGUCGCGGCGGCGCUCCUCGGCUCCGCCCCGUAGCCGGGCGCGCGGGCUCUGCUCCGGCCUCGCGCGUUUUUCGGCCGGCCAGACGCGGCGGCGGCGCCCUGCGCCCGCGGCUUGUCCGCAGUGGCGGCGCCCGGCGCCCGCGGCGACCGCGCCCGGCCCACGCGGCGGCAGCGCCCUGCCCUCCACCGGCGGCAAGGUCGGGCUCGAGAUGGGGAG